CACACACGACUCGCACAUACGUAAGCCGGCACCGCACGCGCUGCGCCGCCACAAAGCGAAGGCAGGAGCGAGAGAUCAACUCGGCGCCGCUGCGCGCGCACACGGCCGCCGCUCGAUCGAUCACCAGUACAUGGCGACGCAGGAGAAGGCGGCGGCGGGGAGGAGGGGGAGCCCGAUGCUGCGGGGGCGCAAGCGCGAGGGGUACACGCACGGGCUGCGCCCGCCGCAGAUGGAGGCGCUCCGGGCGCUGUGCGGCGCGAUCAUCCCGUCCCUGCCCGUCGAGGGGCUCCUCGACCAGCCCGGCGGCGGCGGCGCCGAGCAGGCCGGCCUCGAGCGGUUCUACCGCGCAUCCGCCGCCGACGGCGCCAUCCCCGACGAGGUCGCGGAGAUGACCACACGAUGCGUAUGGGAGGCUAUGUUGUUGAUCAGAGUUAUCCUCUGGAUGCUAAGCACCAAUGUGGGCACAUUGGCGCUAUGUGGCUGGCUGUGCAUCUCCGGCAGGUUCCCUUAUGUCAGCAAAUUCGCCGACAUGCCGGUGGAGCGGCGAGAGCAAGUGCUGAAGCGGUGGAGCAAGGCUCGGUGGCUGUUCCCCCUCAAGGUCGCCUUCGCCAUCAUCAAGAUCCUCUCCCACUACUCAUUCUACACAAUGGUAAACGAGGACUCCGACAACCCUUCCUGGAAAGCAAUCGGGUACAGCGUGCCAGACAUCGACCGGCCGCAGCAAGGCCGGACGGAAGACGCAGCACGGUCGCCGUCGCCGCCGCGCCCACUGGACACCGGCGUCGUGGAGGCCAGAUCCCUGACCGACGCGACGCUGCUCGGGUCACUCGCGGGCAAAGGACUGGAGGUGAAAGCGGACGCGUCGGGGGCGCACCACACGGUGAGGUGCGACGUCGUCAUCGUCGGUUCGGGAUGCGGGGGCGGCGUGGCCGCCGCCGUGCUCGCCGCGGCGGGGCACAAGGUCGUCGUCGUCGAGAAGGGGGACUACUUCACAGCCGGGGAUUACAGCUCCAUCGAGGGCCCCUCCAUGGAGCGCCUCUACGAGAAGGGAGGCAUCUUCUGCACGUCCAACGCGUCGACCAUCAUGUUCACGGGCGCCACGGUCGGCGGCGGCUCCGCGAUCAACUGGUCGGCGAGCAUCCGCACGCCGGAGUGGGUCACGCAGGAGUGGGCUGGCGAGCACGGGCUCCCCCUGUUCGGGAGGCCGGAGUACGCGCGCGCCAUGGACGCGGUCUGCGCCCGGCUCGCGGUCACCGGCGGGUGCGUGGAGGAGGGGUUCCAGAACAAGGUGCUCCGCGGCGGCUGCGAGGCGCUCGGGCUGCGCGCCGACGCCGUGCCGCGCAACUCGCCGGAGGGCCAUUUCUGCGGCAGCUGCCACCUCGGCUGCCCCACCGGCGAGAAGCGCGGCACCGACACGACGUGGCUCGUCGACGCGGUGGCGCGCGGCGCCGUGGUCCUGACGGGGUGCAAGGCCGAGCGCUUCAUCCUCGAGAGUAGCAGCAACCCCAGCAAGAGCGGCCGGAGCAGGAAGUGCGUGGGCGUGGUGGCGACGUGCCUGGGCGAUGGCAUCACCAGGAAGCUGCGCAUCGAGGCCAGGGUUUGCAUCGCGGCGUGCGGCGCGCUCAUGACGCCGCCUCUGCUCCGCAGCAGCGGGCUCAAGAACAGCCACAUCGGCCGCAACCUCCACCUCCACCCGGUGUCCAUGGCGUGGGGGUACUUCCCCGAGAACAAGCAGGAGCCGCGGCCGCUCACCGGCACGUGCUGCGAGGGCGGCAUCAUCACCACCAUGCACCGCGUCACCGCCCGCACCAUCGUGCAGGCGCCGGCGCUGGGGCCGGGGUGCAUGGCGUCGCUGAUCCCCUGGGAGUCGGGCCGCGACAUGAAGGACCGGAUGCGCCGGUACGCGCGCACCGCGCACGCCUUCGCGCUGGUGCGCGACCGCGGCGCGGGGACCGUCGGCGGCGAGGGCCGCGUGCGCUACUCCCCCAGCGGCGAAGACGCGGACGAGCUCCGCUGCGGCCUGCGCCGCGCGCUGCGCAUCCUGGUGGCGGCCGGCGCCGCCGAGGUCGGCACCCACCGCAGCGACGGACUCCGGCUGCGGUGCGGCGGCCUCCGCGACGAGGACCUGGAGGCGUUCCUGGACGAGGUGACCGUCGCGAGCGGGCCCCUGGUCCCGGGCCCGGACAAGUGGGCGCUCCUGGCGUCGGCGCACCAGAUGGGCAGCUGCCGGAUGGGGUCCAGCCCCCGGGACGGCGCCGUGGACGGCCGCGGCGAGAGCUGGGAGGCCGAGGGGCUGUACGUGUGCGACGGCAGCCUGCUGCCCACGGCGGUGGGCGUGAACCCCAUGAUCACCAUACAGUCCACCGCGUACUGCGUCUCCAAGGGCAUCGCCGAGUCUCUGGCGGCGGCGCGUGUCAAGAAACCGUAGCCUGCUUGAGUCCGUGCUGGCUCGUGCUUUGUUGAGACUGUGUGCUCUGUGCUCUGUGCUCUGUGGAUGUGGCAUCAUUCAUAUUUGUAAUAACGCAUAAUAAAUAGAAAAAGGAAUCUUAAAAAAGGCUAUUACUCUGUA